UUCUUUCACACAGUUUGUUUUUAACAAAAAUGUUGUUUUUUAACAAAAAUAUCUGCCGCAGUAAAGCUGCGUAUCAAGCCUUUGCCUAUUUUUUUUUAUUUUACUGUUGCAAUUUCUUGAUACUUACUACUUCCCACGCUGCCGAGAUGCUCAGGCUAUAUGAUCUCGAUGAUCGUGUCGGUGCAAUGUACCGUGCUCAACAGAUUUGACUAUAACAACGUUCGGCGUAAAGCCAAACAAACGAGAAGUGCGUCUAUUAGUCCUCCAUCGUUAGGAAGAUGUAGCAUUGGGCCUUUUUCCAUAGGUCUUUUCUUUCUCGCCCCUCCGUGUGACUUUGAUGUCAAGCAGUUUACCUUUCUCUCCAGUCACACGUAUGAUUUCAUUACCAGCUUAGCAGAAACAAAGCGGUUUAGGAUAAUUGCAUUAAGCGUCAGCCUGUGGGACUUAAGGCUAUUAAGAUGCAAAAUGAGAGAGAAGGGAAAACACACAUAGAAGAGGCUUAAUUGAAUCCACAUCCAGCAUAGAGAGAGGAGCUGUUCAUUGAACAAAAAGGAGGUGGGGAAGUAGUGCUUGACUGCCGCCCCUCCUCUGUCUGUAGGGAACACCCUGCAGCUAAUUUAGGAGGGGCUUUCCUCUUCAUUGGAGUAGUUUUUUUUUUUUUUUUUGGGGCUUUCAAAGUCAGCUUGCAUCUUACCAGGUCCUACUUCACAUGGUCCCUUCUCCUGUAACCAAGUAAAGCAGAAGACAGUCAUGCAGCGCUUCCAGGAGACUUGUGUCUUGCUGUCAGCCUGCCUCCUUCUUACUUUCUUCUCUAUUCAUGGAUUUAAUUUGGAUGUGGAGCAGCCGGCGGUGUACAGUGGACCAGAAGGCAGCAUGUUUGGUUACUCAUUGGAUUUCUACCUACCGGAUAGACAGAGUGUAAGCAUCCUGAUUGGAGCUCCUAAGGCAAAUACAAGUCAACCACAGGUAGAUGAAGGAGGUGCCGUCUAUUAUUGCCCCUGGCAAAGGAAUCUCAAUGACUGCACGCCAAUAGAGUUUGACAAUAAAGGCAACCGCGAGCAUACCUUCUACUCUGCUGAUGGGAAUUCAACGCAUCAAGAACAGGUGGAAUCUAAAUCUAGACAAUGGUUUGGAGCAACUGUCCGCUCGCAUGACAAGUUUAUACUGGCCUGUGCUCCUAGAUACAACUGGAGAACCCUUAGAGAUGUACAUAGUGACAUGGUGGGAACUUGCUACUUGUCUCUGGACAAUUUUACCAACUUUGUGGAGUAUUCACCUUGUCGGACAGACUAUAACUCAGAAAAAGGACAGGGAUACUGUCAAGGUGGCUUUGCUGCUGAGUUUACAAAGAAUGGAAAAAUACUACUGGGUGGACCUGGAAGCUAUUACUGGCAAGGUCAGGUUUUCACUGCUACUCCAGAGGACAUCAAGAAGGAUUACUACCCUGAAUACUUUAUCUUAGAGAUCAAAGGACAAAUGCAGACACGUCAGGUUUAUGGAACACAUGAUGACAGUUACAUGGGUUAUUCUGUAGCGGUUGGAGAGUUCAGUGGAGAUGAUACAGAAGAUUUUGUGGCUGCAGUUCCUAAAGGAAAUGAUACUUAUGGAUAUGUUUCCAUUCUGAAUGGUACAGAUUUGAAAUCACUUUAUAACUUUUCAGGAGAACAGAUGGCCACAUACUUUGGUUAUUCAUUAGCUGCCACAGAUGUCAACGGAGAUGGUCUAGAUGACCUAAUUAUUGGAGCUCCAUUAUUUAUGGAGAAGACGCAUGAUGGAAGAACCCAAGAAGUGGGACGUGUGUAUGUGUAUUUGCAGGGUUACAAUAUGUCCCGUAUCUCCUCCAUGGUUUUGACUGGACAGCAGGAGUAUGGUCGAUUUGGUAGUUCUAUUGCUGAAUUAGGAGACUUGGACCAAGAUGGCUUCAAUGAUAUUGCUAUUGGUGCUCCCUUUGAUGGUAAAGAUAAACAAGGGAUAGUGUUCAUCUACAAUGGUAAUUCAGAGGGUCUAAAUCAUAAACCUUCUCAAGUCCUUGAAGGAAUGUGGAGUUCUUCUCUAGCUCCUUCUUUCUUUGGUUUCUCCAUCAGAGGUGGAAAAGAUCUUGAUGGCAAUGGCUAUCCAGACCUUAUAGUGGGAGCCUUUGGUGUUGAUACGGCUUUGGUUUAUCGGGGGCGCCCUAUUGUUCAUGCUAGUGCAUCUUUGUCCAUCUCAUCCGCAAUGAUUAACCCAGAAGAAAAGACCUGUGUAAUGGAGGGCACAGACAUCCCUGUGUCUUGUGUAAACCUUAGUUUCUGUCUGAAUGCUUCAGGAAAACAUGUGCCCAAUACAAUCGGGAUCAAUGUGGAGCUGCAGCUGGACUCCAUGAAGCAGAAAGGAGCUGUGAAGAGAAUGCUGUUCCUGAAAUCUGGUCUUCCUCACCUAACCCAAAAUGUUCUCUUACAUAAUGGAGGCCAGGAACAAUGCAGCGAGAUGAAAAUCUAUCUGAAGAAUGAGUCUGAGUUUCGGGACAAGCUUUCUCCAAUCUUCAUCUCUCUGAACUUCUCCUUGGAUGCGCAGGCUCCUACUGAUGCCCAUGGACUGUUGCCAAUUUUCAACUACCAGACUAAGAACCACAUAGAGCAGAAGGCUCUUAUUCAGCUGGACUGUGACAAUAACAUCUGUGUCCCAGACUUGAAGCUCAAUGUGACCAGCGAUCGGAAAUCGGUGUAUCUUGGUGAUGACAACUCAUUGGUUCUGCAUUUUAAUGCUAUAAAUGAUGGAGAAGGUGGCGCUUAUGAGGCUGAGCUCUAUGUAAUCUUGCCCCCAGAGGCAGAAUACAGUGGUAUUCUAAGGAACGAAAACCUCUCUGUUGUGAACUGUCGCUAUGAGCUACAGGAUGAAACUCGCUUUGCCAUAUGUGACCUUGGAAACCCUAUGAAACCUAUGGCUAAUCUGCGCGGUGGAUUGCGGUUUACUGUGCCUCAUCUUCGAGACACCAGUCAGAAAGUGCAGUUUGACUGUCAGAUCCGCAGCAAAAAUGCAAAUAACUCUCAAAGUGAGCUGGUGCAGCUGACCAUCAAUGUCGAGGCAUAUACAUCUGUAUCAUUCUUGGGGGUUUCAAAACCAGACAUUGUAAUCUUCCCACUUGUAAACUGGAAGCCAAGCAAACAGCUCACUUUAGUGGAAGAUGUUGGCCCAGAGGUCAAUCAUGUGUAUGAGCUGGCAAAUCUAGGGCCAAGUUCCAUCAGUCAUGGUGUCCUAACGCUCAGCUGCCCAAUAGUUCACAAGCAAGACCAAGUGAUGUACGUCAUGAACUAUUCUGUACAAGGCUUAGAGAACUGUACUACAACUCAGCAUGUCAACCCGCAUAAGUUGCAGUAUUCAUCAUCAGAGCAAAAUCCAAGUGGCCAUCAUGUGGAGCGUCGUGACACAUCCAGAGUUCCUGCUGGGGGAUCACAUCUUCUGAAAUGCCGUCCACACCAUCCAGACUGUAUUCACCUUCGCUGUGAUGUCGGGCACCUGGAGAAGCAGCGACGAGCAAUUCUUAAGGUUCAUUUCCGUGUCUGGGCCAGCACCUUCUUACAGAAUGAGAACCAAGGCUUUGCACUGCAGUGUGAUGCAGCAUAUCAGAUUCAUCGACUUCCUUACAAAAUUCUACCUGAAUCAUAUCCCCAGGGAACACACCAGGUCAAUACAACCAUUCACUGGCUGAAGCCAGAGAGUAGUUAUAGAGUUCCGCUGUGGAUCAUCAUACUGGCCAUCUUGAUUGGUCUGCUGCUGCUUGCCUUACUUAUAUAUGUAUUGUAUAAGCUUGGCUUCUUUAAACGCUCCUUGCCAUAUGGAACCGCAAUGGAAAAAGCUGAACUGAAACCUCAGGCUGCCUCAGAGGCCUAGACUCUGCCUACAGCCUAAUCCCUUGCACUGCCAAAGAAUCCUCUAAAGGGAAGGUGGAAGAACAGUCAUGGCUUUUUUUUUUUAAGUUGACACUACAUUGUCAGGGAGGGAGGGAGACAUACAUGGCCUACGAAAGGACCUGUUCCCAUAUGGACAAUGACUGAACCACUCAGGCUUCUACUGAAGGCGAACUAUUUGAGGUCACUGGUGAAGACAGUAAUUUUCUAUUUAAAACAAAACCAAAAUCACGACUUUCCUUUCAACCUGUCCAAAACAAGAAUGAAGGUGGAAAAUGGGCAGAUCCAUCUUGACCUUAACCACUGUUUUGGUGCUGAUUAUCACCUGAUCUUUUUUGGUUCACUAAUGAAGUUGCCUUUGGCCGUUGGACAUCACAAGCCGCCUUCCCUCAUCAUUAAGUAUUACUUCUCUAAUCAAAAUAAGACUCUGAUUCCCAGAGAAAACUGACUAUAUACGCAAUGAUGAAAAAAAAACUAAAAAAAAAACAAAAAAAAAACAAGGAACCGUUUUAAAAUUGGCUGGAAUUUUUAAAUUGACUUGUUGAGCUAAAAAAUUGUUUCUUAAAGGAAAGUUAACUUAUUGAGCAUUUAGCACAUCAUGUGUGUGCGCUUUUAUGUGGAAGAUAUAGGAAGAUAGCAAGGGUAUAAUCCUUGUGAUGCAGGCACAUUAAUAAGGCUUACUAUGUUUUCCCCAAAUACCUGACCUUCCAUGGGAGUGAGGAAUACAACUGAGUAUAGGUAUAUAGUACACCAUUGCAAAAUAAUGUUUUAUCAAGCGAUAUCUGAUUUGAAGACCACAGUCUCAAGGUUCAUAUCCAAAGCCUGUAUACGAUUGAUUACCUGCGGCCAUUGGGGUCGCUUUAACACUUGUUUGCUCCCUUUUUUAAGGUAUAUACAGCAGAGUUAGCUAGUGUCCUGUCAUUUAAUAUCUUAUUAAAGGAAUUAGCUUAAACACAAUCCACAUAAGACUGUGCAGAGACAAGGUAGAUUGCAUUCAGUCUGUAUUUACAAGGCGAUGCUUCUCUGAUGGUGCUGAAGACUCUCAAUUACAGUGGUUAUCAAUAGAGAUGAGCAAAGUUACAGUGAUUCGAUUCAUCAUGAACCUCACGGCUCGGCGGUUGCUGACUUUAGCCUGCAUAAAUUAGUUCAGUUUUCAGGUGCUCCGGUGGGAUGGAAAAGGUGGAUACAGUCCUAGGAUAGAGUCUCCAGCCCACCGGAGCACCUGAA